GGGACUCGAGAUUCCGAGCGAAUCCAAGUUUAGGACAGUGUGUUGGUUUUUGUUAGAAAUGGCCAAAGCAAUUCCAUUUUUUGAGCUCAACAAUGGAGCUAAAAUCCCUUCAGUUGGUUUGGGCACAUGGCGCGCUGACCCUGGUGCUGUCGCUGAUGCUGUCACUGCUGCCAUUAAGGCUGGAUAUAGACACAUUGACUGCGCUCGACUUUACUGCAACGAGAAAGAGGUUGGUUGUGCAUUGAAGAAAUUAUUUGACAAUGGGGUAGUAAAGCGUGGCGAAGUGUGGAUCACUUCAAAACUCUGGUGUAAUGAUCAUGCACCGGAAGAUGUACCGGAGUCAUUAGAGAAGACUUUGCAGGACUUGCAGCUUGACUAUGUAGAUCUGUAUCUGAUUCAUUGGCCCGUCAGCAUGAAGAAGGGUUCAGAGGGCUAUAAGCCUGAAAACCUUACUCAAACCAACAUACCAGCAACGUGGAGAGCCAUGGAGGCACUUUACGAUUCUGGCAAGGCUCGUGCUAUUGGAGUUAGUAAUUUCUCAUCAAAGAAGCUUGGGGAUUUGCUAGCCGUGGCUCGUGUACCUCCAGCUGUUAACCAAGUCGAAUGUCACCCCGUGUGGCAGCAGCCAAAGCUUCAUGAAUUUUGUCAAUCCAGGGGUGUCCAUUUAUCUGGGUAUUCACCGCUAGGUUCCCCAGAUGCAGGAACGAUCAAGACCCAGGUUCUCAAGAAUUCAAUUCUUAAUACGAUUGCUGAGAAAUUAGGCAAAUCUCCUGCGCAAGUAGCUCUUAGGUGGGGGCUACAGAUGGGCCACAGUGUGCUUCCUAAGAGCACAAAUGAGGCAAGGAUCAAGGAAAACCUUGACAUUUUUGACUGGUCUAUUCCUGAAGAUUUGUUUGCCAAGUUAUCUGGAAUUGAACAGGAGAGGCUGGUUAAGGGCACUGUAUUUGUGCAUGAGACUUAUGGUUCAUACAAGACACUCGAAGAACUAUGGGAUGGUGAAACAUCGGAUGCCUGACUUUCAGACAUUACAUGCUCGACUUUAUAGUGUUAAGUCCGCUUGUCAGUGGAUAAAUAAAUACAUAUUGUUGAUUGAGUUUA